AUGUUAUUUUCCAAACAUCCAGACGCCAAAGAGAUGGACUUUACCAUCUCAACCUACGCAGUUGUGCCAAUGUUUUCCAACUUUGGCAUUGUUCAGCAUAUUCCUGGAUGCUCAAAUCUCAGAAAGUUUAUUGCUGGCUUCAUUUCUUUUGACCGAAAUCAAGCUUUUUCUCUUCAUACAAACCCUGAAACACAAGCUCCUUCUCUUCAUACAUACCCAAGUGAGCCCAACCAGUUCAUCCGAAGAAAUCUCCUUGAUCGUUGGAUCCAAACUCCCUACCUCAAGAAGCGAAUGUUCAACAAGACAACAGCCAUCCAUUCUGCCCUAGGCUAUCUUUUUGGAGUAGGAGACCGGCAUCCUGGAAACAUACUUGUUUCAGACAGCACAUACGAAGUCAUCCACAUUGACUAUGGCAUCUGUUUUGGUCAAGGCUUGAACCUCAUAUGCCCCGAACUAGGGCGGUGGCACAAGGGAGCAAACAAGGAUGACGAGUUGCGGAUCUUCAAGCAUUUUUUUUCCACCACCUUGGCUGCACUUCGACCUCAUGCCAAGGGAAUUGUCCAACUCAUCAACUUGAUCUCCUUUAACUUUCCUACUCAGAUUCUUCAGCAGAGCACCUUGUGCUCAGCUGCAAGUCCUGACCCACUCGCAGACUUUUGCCGUGUUCUGCUCAAAGACAUGGAGGGUCUCAUUGGUCACUCGCUCCCUGUGGAUCAAUUCACCUCCUCUGUUUUGAACAUGGCAAAGAAUCCAGAGGCCUUGGCCCGGAUGUAUUGCGGUAUGUUGCUUCCCUCUCAUUCACCAGCAUCGAUGUGA